AUGGCAGACGACAGUUUUGGUAAAUUUUCUGAACAGGAACUUCAAGAAGCAAAACAAUAUGUCGACGCACAUGGUGUGUCUGGUAUCGUUGAUUUUAUUAACGAUAAGGCUAACCAAUGGAGGUAUAUUGGCAUUAUUGGAGAGUCGGCGGUUGGCAAAUCCUCGUUCAUAAACUGCAUUCGUGACGUAACAGCAGACGACAUCGGUGGCGCCGCUGUUGGAACUGGUAAUACAACAACAGAACCAACCUGGUAUUGUCAUCCUUAUAACGAAGAACUUGUAUUCUGGGACCUGCCCGGUGUAGGAACACCGAAAUAUCCAAGAAAUGAAAAAUACUUGGACAGCAUCAACUUUGAAAAGUAUGAUUUUUUCCUAAUUCUGUCAGACAGUCGAUUUUCAACCAACGACGUUUGGUUAGCAAAAGAGAUAGACAAGAGAGGAAAGCGGUUCUUCUUUGUUAGUGCAAAAAUUGACGAAGCGAUGGAAAAUGAACAGGAAAUCCGAGGAGAGGAUUUCUCAGCGAGUGCUGUGCUGGACAAAAUAAACAAAGACUGCCAAAACAAUUUUAAAGUGGCCCAGCUGACCGACACUAGCGUGUUUUGUAUUUCUAAUUACCACAGAGAGAUGUGGCAGUUUGAAGAGCUCAUGGAACAGCUGAUAGUCGCACUGCCGGAGAUGAAGAGGAUUUCUCUUGUACUUUCCAUUGGCCCAGUAUCCAAACAAGUCAUUGGACAGAAAACCAAGAUCUUAAAGGACAGGAUAUGGAAAAUGUCUACCCUUUCCGCCUUGGCUGCAGCCGGCGGUGCGUUGGUUCCAAUCCCACUGGUAGGUGGGGCGAUUGGUGUUGCCGUAGAUCUUGGUAUUCUAAUAGCGGAAGUUAACUUCUACCUCAAACAGUAUGGCCUAAAUGACGAGUCGUUGAAACAGCUGGCAGACCGGACCAACACGACUGUUGACUACUACAUAAAGUCACUCACGUUUGCCUCGUCACUUGUCACCAAACGACAAACCAUAAAGACUUUUGUUUUUGACGUCAUAAAACGUCAAGCGACCAAGCAAGUUCAGAAAACUGCUGCCAGGGAACUUGCUAAAUUUAUUCCGAUAAUAGGUAGUGUUGUGGCAGGCGGGGUGUCUUUUGGCACAUGCUACUACAUUCUAGAAAAAACAAUCAAAGAGUUUGAGGCGGAUGCACUUUCCGUUGUUGGUGCUGCCAUUCAGCAGACAAGUUCUCAAAUUUGA